CGCGGCGGCGGCGGAGGGACCGGAGCGGGGCGGGGGGAACGCGGUCGGUGCCCGGCCCUCGGUGCCCGCGGUAACGAUGGACGUGACCGGGCCCGAGACCGACUGGCGCAGCACCAACUUCCGGCAGAAGCUCGUCAGCCAGAUAAUUGUGCCUUUGAUGACCCAAGAACCUCUUCAGUACUGGGCUCUGUGUGACUGCAGACCCAAGCAGGACUUCCAAGAUCAAGGAAAAGCCAGAGACCAGUUAGUGGCUCAGCUGAGUGAGAAGAAAGAAUGUCUGAACAGAAAUAGAGAUGAGAAUGUGGAGAACAAUAAGAAAUCUCAAGCCUCAGUCAGUGAUCCAAUGAAUGCCCUGCAGAAUCUAACUGGGGGUCCCACAGCAGGGGCGCCUGGGAUGGGCAUGGCUUCCCGAGCUCAAGGAGCACCCAUGACUGGGAUGAGUGGCCUUGGUCCAAUGGGACAGCAGAUGAGUCUCCCAGGGCAGCAGCAGCCUCCUGGAACCUCGGGAAUGGCCCCUCAUGGUAUGCCUGGUGUCUCUACAGCUACUCAGCAGAACCAACUUCAGCUCCAGCAGAUUGCCCAGCAGCAACAGCAGCAGCAGCAGCAAUUCCAGCAGCAGCAGGUGGCUUUGCAGCAGCAGCAGUUCCAGGCCCAGCAGUCAGCCAUGCAGCAGCAGUUCCAGGUCCAGCAGCAGCAGGCAGCGGCCGCUGCGGUGGCACAGCAGCAGCAGCAGCAACAGCAGCAGUUGCAAGCUGUCCAGCAGCAGCAGCAGCACAUGCUGAAGCUGCAGAUGCAGCAGCAGCAAAACCAACAGCAGCAGCAACAGCAGCAGCAACAACUACAGCGGAUUGCCCAAAUGCAGCAGCUACAGGCACAGGCCAUACAGGCACAACAGCAGCAGCAACAGCAGCAGCAGCAGCAGCAACAAAUACCACCACAACAGAUACAGCAGCAGCCACCUCAACAAGUCAUGCAACAGCAGAUACAACAGAUGCAGCAGCAGCAACAACAGCAGCAACAGCAGCAGCAGCAGCAACAACAACAGGUUGCUCAGGCACAACAGUCUCAACUUCCACCACAAUCCCAGCCUCAGCCCCAGCCCAUGGUAUCUCAGCCACAGGCAAUCUCAGGACAAAUUCCCAGUCAGGUUAUGCCUGUUACUCUUACACCACAGCAGUUAAAAGCCAUGCAGGUAAGAGCUCAGCUGGUGCAGCAGCAGCAGCAGGCAGCGGCAGCAGUGCAGGCAGCUCAGGCCCAGGCUGCUCAGAUGGGAGCUUCAGGGCAGAUGAUCACCGCACCUAUGGCCCGAGGUGGGAUGCAAAUCAGACCACGGUUCCCGCCUACCACCGCUGUGUCUGCUACAGCACCAAGCUCCAUUCCCUUGGGCGGACAGCAAAUGCCACAGGUCAGCCAGAACAAUAUUACCAUGAUGUCAUCGCCAUCUCCUGUCCAACAAGCUCAAACACCCCAGUCAAUGCCUCCACCACCACAGCCACAGCCCUCACCUCAGCCAGGCCAGCCCACUUCCCAGCCAAAUUCAAAUGUCAGCUCUGGCCCUGCUCCCUCACCCAGCAGCUUUCUCCCCAGUCCAUCUCCACAACCAUCCCAGAGCCCAGCAGCUGCACGAACACCUCAGAACUUCAGUGUCCCAUCCCCAGGUCCUCUAAACACUCCAGGAAAUCCAAAUUCUGUCAUGAGUCCAGCCAGUUCUGGUCAGUCAGAGGAGCAACAGUAUCUGGAAAAACUCAAACAGCUGUCAAAGUACAUUGAGCCACUCCGGAGGAUGAUCAAUAAAAUAGAUAAAAAUGAAGACAGGAAGAAGGACCUGAGUAAAAUGAAGAGUCUCUUGGAUAUCCUGACUGACCCUUCAAAACGGUGCCCCCUGAAGACGCUGCAGAAAUGUGAAAUUGCUCUGGAGAAGCUGAAAAAUGAUAUGGCUGUGCCUACUCCACCGCCCCCCCCAGUGCCCCCAACCAAACAGCAGUACUUGUGUCAGCCACUGCUGGAUGCUGUUUUGGCCAACAUCCGUUCCCCAGUGUUCAACCAUUCCCUGUACCGAACGUUUAUGCCGGCCAUGACCGCAAUCCAUGGACCGCCCAUCACGGCCCCAGUUGCUUCCCCUCGAAAACGGAAAUAUGAAGAGGAUGAAAGGCAGACCAUUCCAAACGUCUUACAAGGAGAAGUUGCAAGAUUAAAUCCUAAAUUCCUGGUGAACCUGGACCCUUCCCACUGCAGCAAUAAUGGCACAGUUCAUCUCAUAUGCAAGCUAGAUGACAAGAAUCUUCCAAAUGUCCCACCACUCCAGCUCAGCGUUCCAGCGGAUUAUCCAGAUCAGAGCCCUCUGUGGAUAAAAAACCCCAGACAGUAUGCAGCCAACCCCUUUUUGCAGUCAGUGUAUCGAUACAUGACUUCAAAACUAUUGCAACUUCCAGACAAGCAUUCAGUCACAGCACUCUUGAACACCUGGGCACAAAGCAUUCGCCAGGCCUGCCUCUCUGCUGCAUAACAGCUCACUUUCUAAAUCAUGAAGCAAGAAAAAAGGUCUCAACAGCUGGCCUCUUCCACAUAUCACUGGAAUUACCACAGUUUGGGGAGGUUACUUCAGAAGAAAGAAGCCUUAUGUUGUUUUGUUUCUAGGUGUCAGGUUCAGUAGAGAGCCUGAUGUUAGACUUAGCCUUCAUGCUUUUUAUCUUCUGCCUCAGUGGACUUUUGCCAGCAUUCUCAAAUAUACAAAAUGUGUAUAUAUGGUUCUUGAGACUGUAUUUCAGAUGAGUUUUUAUUGUCUUCUUAGAGAAGAAAUUAUUUGUGGACUUCCAUCAGGGAGUCUGGUAUAAGAGGGAGUAGGGAGAAAAUGUCCUAAUUUGCUUCAGAGUUUGCUCAGUGCCAGUAUUCCUUUCACACUGUAUGUUUUGUGACCUCAUACUGCCCCAGAAAUAAAUUAGCUGCAACUAGAA